AUGAACCAGGAUGGGAACUCAAACAUCCUCCCCAUAGCAUUCGCCCUUGUGGAAGGAGAAAACACCGAGUCAUGGGCAUUUUUCUUGUCCAACUUGAGAAGGCACGUGACUCCACAGGAGGGUAUCCUUGUUAUCUCGGAUAGGCAUAACGGUAUCAAGUCUGCACUAGAGGAUCCCGUGAAUGGUUGGCUGCCCCCCCGUGCUUAUCGGGCGUACUGUAUCCGCCAUGUGGCAGCAAAUUUCAGCCUUUCUUUCAAAGGUAAAGAUGCGAGAAGAAUGCUGGUUAAUGCUGCGUACGCAAAAACUGAGGCGGAGUUCUAUUACUGGUUCGACAUCAUGCGUACAGAGAAUCCGGCAAUGUGUGAUUGGGCGAACCGGAUGGAGUAUGAGAAGUGGACGCAACACCAGGAUAGCGGUAGACGGUUCGGGCACAUGACAACAAACAUCAGUGAAUGUGUGAACUCCGUCUUGAAGAGAACUCGAAACCUCCCGGUCACGUCGUUGGUUAAGUCCACAUACGGAAGGCUUGCUGAGCUAUUCGUUAUCCGGGGACAAACAGCAGAGGCGCAACUUGGAGCUGGACAAGAGUUUUGUCAGGCAUUGGUCAAGGGUAUUGAAAGGAACAUAAGGGAGUCAAGGUGCUUCACCGUCACGUUGUACGACAGGCACCAGUCGGAGUACACGGUUGCUGAGACUACACCGACUGGAAACUUCUCCUUGGGUAGCUACAGGGUCUCGCUGAAGGAUCACACAUGUGAUUGUGGGUACUUUCAGGCCCUCCAUUAUCCAUGCUGUCACGCCAUUGCUUGUUGUGCCCACUCCCGGCUUAAUUGGGCAGCAUAUGUGCAUGAGGUGUAUCGUAUGAGUGAGGUGUUCAAAGUUUACAGUAACGGGUUUGUUCCGCCCAUACCAGAAGGGCUAUGGCCACCAUAUGCCGGGCCUACUAUCAUUCCUGAUCCUAACAUGAGGCGAGCCAGGGAAGGUCGGCCGAAGGCAACUAGGAUCCGUGGUCCCAUGGAUCGAUCUGCUGAGAACCAGCCCAAGCGCUGUGGGCUCUGUCGACAGCCAGGUCACACGCGGAGGAACUGUGGCCAGCGAAGAGAUACUGCUGGCGGGGAUCAUUAG